CUUCAGUUUAAUUCAAUGACUCAAUUUUUUCUGUUUAUACAAACAUCUUCCAGGAAAUGGGCAGGUAUCAAAGGAAAGAGUGAUGCUGAAGGCUUCUGUGGGCCUGUUGAGGGACUCCCAGAACUUAUUGCUGCCUGCGGUGGAAAAGAAAGUGUUUUUUCUGCUGUUGUUAACCAGGAGUUUCAGCCAAAUCAAAUACUGCAGGCAUGGUCCUUCCUGAGCCACCUCCCAGUGCUGGAGGUCCAGAUGAGUGUGAAGGGAUGGUGGGAGCAGAGCCAGGAGCAGAUGGAGCGCCCUCUCACUGGAAGGGGCACUAACUUGAGAGAGGAGAGCAGAUGGCUGGAUGUCCAUGCUGACCAGGAGUACGUUCUACAGGUGUCACUGCGUCGACUCAAUCUGGGUCAGCACAGGAGGAAGCAGGAAAGUAAGGCCCAGGCUCCCAGGUUCCCUAAAGCAAAGGACGAGGGAUGGUUCCUCAUCAUGGGGGAAGUGGAUCGCAAGGAGCUGCUGGCUGUCAAACGGGUCGGAUACGUCCGGAACCAUACCACUGUGUCUGUAGCCUUCUACACCCCAGAGAAGACUGGAAAGUAAGAUUUUGAUCCAUACCAACCUCAGGUGGUGAAUAUGGGACUGAACAUCAUUCACCCUGGUGCACAAUACAGCUGGAGGGCUGUGUGCUUAGCCCGGUUCUUUUUACACUGUUCACCCAUGACUGUGUAGCCAUCCACACCUUUAACCACUGUGGGUAACUUCCAGUUUUGAAACUUAGAAUUUUAUGUUUUGUUAUGACAACUGGUAAAAAAAUAAAAAUAAAA